UGGCCCUUUGUUACGGCAAGUUCUUGUUUUUCAAUCAACGGCCAUUUCACUCGGCCCGUUCAAGUCAGUAGGAGGAAAUAUCUUCGAACCAUCAUUUGUAUCAUUUACAUCAUUUACAUCAUCACCUUCUACUUGAUCAGAUGCGUUUAAUUUACUCUAUGACUGUGAACGAGGAAUAAAUUUUCUCUUUUAAAUCAACUCUUGGCUGGAGUCUACAAAGAUUAACACUUUUGGUCGACUGAAUGAAGACUGCACCAAAUUGAUACAACGAAGCGAAGACAUCAAGAGAUAAGUGCAGAAGUUUGUGGACAACUUAAUUGCAACUAUUGAAGCGAAAAAACAAAUUAUUACCGCAGCGGCGGACGAUGAAACGAAGAGAUUCCUCGAAACUAUAACAACGUAAAAGACGAAUAUCGAGAGUGAAAUAAAGAUCAUCGAAUCAUCGCUGGAAAAAGCUGAUACAAUUCUAAAACGAAGCACACACGCCGAAGUCGUUCAACUGAAGAAAUCAAUCAAGGAAAUCUUUCAGGGAACUAAUCAGAGCCAGCCAAAAGACCGUUACCCGGAAAAGCUUCCUGUCCUAGCUUUCUUGGACAACCUAAAGAUGCGAAGCACCAUGAACGCCGAAGAAAUCGCAAUGUUGCCAAUAUCACACCAAACAAAAUCAAGUCAGUCAGUUGCUGAAGGAAAAGGACUUGAAGAAGCAAUUGCUAACCAUCAAGCACAGUUUUCUCUGACCACAAGGGAGAUCAUUGACGAACAAGGGCACGACUGCGCCACAGAAUUGCAAAUAAUUGACAAUAAGAACGGACUCCAUAAAAUCAGUUAUUCCCCCAAAAAUGAAGGAAGAUGUAAAGCGACGAUAAAGGUAAACGGGGAACAUGUGCACAGCGUUAAACCGUUUCAGCUUAGACCUGUUUUAUCUUUUGGUGAAGAGGGUUCGUCGGUUGGAAAGUUUUCUUGUCCCUGGGGGGUUGCAGUGAACGCUAACGACGAGAUCGCUGUAACUGAUCAAUUCAACAACAGGGUUCAAAUUUUCAGUAGUGAAGGAAAGUUUUUAAGAUCAUUUGGUAAGAAGGGUAACAUGGUGGGAGAAUUCAACAAUCCUCGGGGAAUAACAUUUCAUAAUAAUGGCAAUAUUUUUGUUACAGACUGUUACAAUCAUAGAAUUCAGAUUUUUAGCGGUGAGGGUGAGUUCGUGGGAAGUUUUGGUGGGAAAGGAGACCUUGAUAGUCAACUUGAUUAUCCCUCGGGUCUGUCUGUAGACAGUGAUGGGAAUAUCGUUGUUGCAGACGUAGGUAACAAACUGAUUAAGAUCUUUUCUCCUGAAGGCAAGUUUCUAAGAAAGAUAGGUGGGCAGGGGUCUUUUACCUAUCCUAUGCACUGUAUUCAAUAUCAUAGAUAUCUCAUUGUGUCAGACAAUAGUGAUCAUUGUAUCAAAGUUUUUGACAGGAAUGGAAAGUUUCAGUACAAGUUUGGAAAGCAGGGAGGAAGGGAUGGGGAGUUUAAUUAUCCAAGAUGUUUGUCAUUGAACAAUUCAGGACAACUUAUGGUCUGUGACUCAGGCAAUCGUAGAAUACAAGUCUUUGAACUGAAUGGAAAGUUUGUUGGUAAGUUUGGAACUCAAAAUAAAAAUUUAGGAGAAUUCAGAUAUCCAAGAGCAGUAGCUGUUCUCAGUACAGGGAGAUUUGUUGUUGCUCAUCGUGAACGUUACCAUCGUAUUCAGAUAAUUGAGUAGUGCUCGUUCGCUCUGGUGAACUGUUUGGCUUAUUUUGAGCAGAGUGAGAUUGACAACCGCUUUCUACAUAAAUCAAUUGAGUUUUAUAUAAAAUUAACAAAUGAAUAGAAGUAAAGUGAAAGGGAAGAAAUGAAAAGAAACUCUUUAGAGCACAUAUUCGUUAGCUUUUGGCAGAGUGGUAGGACUGGAAAAAAGUUAAUCCAAUCCAAUAUGUACACCUGUGAAGCAUUCUGAUGGAAGCAUAUUGCUACUGAGAAUGUUAUGUUUACAGAACUUUUAAUAUACAUUUGGUAUUCAUUAUUUUAACAAACAAAAGGUUGUGGUUAUUCCUUAUGAUUUGGUUCAUGUACAAUUAUAACAAAAAAAAAAUUACAGUCACUUUUGAUCAAAACCUUUUUCAGUUUUUUAGGUGGAAUAAAAAAAAAGCUGUAGGAAAGUUGUUAGUGAAUGUUUUUAGAUAAAAUUUA